UGUUUUUUAGGCUUUUUGUUUUUUAAUUUUAGGUUUUUGGGUGGCUUUAUUAAAUGGGUUUCUUAUUAAUCGGAAUUGGGUUUGCUCGAUUUUUUCAUUAUUGUUAUUGUUUUAAAAGAAUUUGAGCGACUAUGAUCGCGAUCUUGGGUUUAUUCUCAGCAAUUAAGGUUUUAAUUUGACGCUAGAAGUUGCUCUUGAUUUUUGCAACCCGAAAACAAAGUCUGAGUUUUGCCUAAACGGUGUCGUUCUUCGGUUUUACUUCAAUUAAUCAAUUUUACUUUAGGUCUUCUCUGAUUGAUGGAGGCGGAGUUUCUGUUUUUCUUGUGUCUGGAUUUGCUUGAAAAUUAAGUUACUUGGUGGCGAAGAAAUAAAUUUGGUGUGUGGUAGUCCACACUGUUGGCGUUUUCUAAGAACCUGGCACGCGAGUUGGGCUCUUUCUGUGUUUAAAAUCGAAGAACAAAUAUAUUGGUAAAGAUGGGCACAUUUGGGCAUAAUUCUAAUGCGAGUUCUAUGCAAUUGGAUUCUACGAGGAAGAGAAAGAGACGAGAAGGAACUAGUUCUGUGGCUGAGACUUUAAAAAAGUGGAAGGAAUACAAUGAGUAUCUUGAUUCUUGUGCUAAAGGGGAAGAUAAUAAACCGGUUCGGAAAACACCUGCUAAAGGUUCGAGAAAAGGGUGUAUGAAAGGGAAAGGAGGUCCUGAGAAUUCGGAGUGUAAUUAUAGAGGUGUUAGACAAAGAACUUGGGGUAAAUGGGUUGCUGAGAUUAGAGAACCUAAUAGAGGACCUAGACUUUGGCUUGGUACUUUUCCAACUGCUUAUGAAGCUGCUGUCGCUUAUGAUGAAGCUGCCAAGGCUAUGUAUGGUAGUUCUGCGAGAUUGAACUUUCCUGAAUUGUCAUCUAGUUCUAAGGAUGAUACCCACUCGGUUGCAACUACAUCAGGAGGGUAUCCUUCGGUAGCAGCUCCUGCUGGUUCGGAUUCUACUACUACUUCGAAUCAUUCUGAGGUUUGUGUACUUGAUGAUACCAAAGAGCAUGUUGUGAAGCUUGGGGAUGGUGAAGGUGAAUCAAAAAUCACUCCUCACAGUGAUCCAUUAACUCAAACUGCGUCAGCAACUACAUCAUAUAAGCAAGAACUGAAGAGUGAGCUGGAGGAUGUCAAAGAAAGCGACAGGGGUGAAGUGCCAGUGAAAGAAGUACCUAUUCAGAACAAUGCUUGUGACCUUAAACAGAAAGGUGCUGAUGAUCCUCAACCUGUUCCUAAAGAUUUCUCUCUAAAUGUUGAGGAGUGGAAUUUGCUUAAUGAAAAUGAAGGGCAGGGGCAGGAUAUUUGGCAGAAUUUCACAAUGGAUGAGUUGUUUAAUGUGGAUGAAUUGCUUGGGGUUAUAGACAACUACCCACUUGAUAUGCAAUUUGAUGGUGGUCAACUGCUCUGCACGGACAACAAUCAGCUUCAGCAUGACCAACCAUUGGAUUUAUCUUUCCAGUUAGAGAGUCCAGAUACAAGAUUCAUUGGUGGUUUUCAGCCUUCAGAGCAGGUGCCUUCAGGUGGUGAUUACAGCUUUGAUUUCGUGAAGCCUGGCAGGCAGGAAGACAAUAAUAAUGUACCACUGAAUGAUCAGGGAUUCUUUAUGUAAGACUAAAGGUUGAAGGAGACAUCAUGAUUGAGAUGACUGGAGAACUCAAUAUUUAUCAUGUGGAAUACAAGAACUAGAUGGUUAUCUCUCUCUAUUGAUUGCAGCCUCCUGGAUUGAGUAGGAGGUCUUCCAAAGAGCAUAAGAUUGUAGUUUGGUACUAUAUGUACUUGUUUUCUAUGUCACUGACUGUUUUUUUGUAUUGACAAACAAAUUAGCUGAUUCCCUAGGUUUUCAGAUUGGAGAAUCUGGCUAUGGAAGGUUGUUCUUUUUGCUAUUCAACCAUGAACUUGGGAAUAGAUGAUAGGUUAGGUUAGCUGUGAUAUUGCAGGCAUGCUUUUGGAGAGCGGCGUUCAUUCUCAAAACAAAUUCAUUAUUGUACAUGAAGAAUAGUCAAAUAAAAAGAGGUUCAGAAACUCAAGUUUUUGCUAUUAUUUCUUGUGCAGGUAGGUGUACCUUUUUUUAAGAGAUUUUGGACAAAAUAUGGCUGUCCUUUUCCCUGAAAACAUGUAAAAGUAUCUUCAAUCCUAUCCAUGUAAAGUUGUUACAUUUUAGUAAAUAUCCUAUGUUCCUGAGGUGUCUGCCAGCAAAUUUGCAGACAUUUACAGUGAGGCAUUUUGGUGGAA